CGGAAAGGACAGCUGCAAAUCAACAAGGCCCGGCCCCAAUUGGGUCCCAAGUUCAAGGAUCUAGAUGGGCCGAUCAGAUGGCAAGGGAAGGGGUUCAGAAUCUGGAGCGCGAGUACAGAAGCGGAGGAGCCACAUCUCGAAGCGGGGGCCAAAUCGGUUUGGAAAGAGACUUGUGUCUGCUGAGGCAGGCAUUGAACUUUGGGCGAGAUGAAGGUUUUCAGGAUGAUAUGAGAGGCCCCACAGGCCUGUUUCAACCUAACUUGAAUUAUCCUGGAGCAGCGAACGCUUUUCCCCUCGAAGAGGGUUUCUCGGAAGGGCGAGGAGUCAAUUGGAUGCCUAUGGAGCAGGCAGGUGGCCAUCACAUCUUACCCCCCUGGCAGGAGAGAAUGGAGUGGCAGGCGGAUAGUUACUCGGGCGAUAGGGUUUACCCACAGGCGGGGCCCCCCCAAUGGCAGGAUACCCGUUGGGAAAUGGGUCCACAGGACGGCCGUGGGAGUGGAGUGGAGCAGCCACAUCAAAUCCCGCAGGCUUAUCAUCCGCCUGUACCUCUACAUCCUACCCCGAGGUAUCCUUCCAAUCAGUACAACUGGAGGGAGUUAGUCCCACAGAGGCGGGACUCACAGUUAAGGAGAGCUGCCCCCCCGUGGCGUAUGGAUAGGCCUGGUCCGUCUCGAUUGGGUAGGAGUACGAGUGAGGACUGGAGGAACCCGGGAAGGGCUGGGGGAGGUGGCAUCAGAGAAAGUGAUUGGAGAGACCGGGGUAGGCAGGAAGGGUACGGCUGGGGAGGAGGCGGAGAUGCAGAGCGGCCCCCUCCACGUGGGGACAAGCCGCUGUUUAGACCAGGGUCACAGCAGGACAGCAGGGGGAACUUGAAUCAGAUCCAAGAGGAUACAGACAGGACGGAGAAAAGAUUGGGGGAUCUGUCAAGAUCCUCGGCUUCCUCGCACUCUAGGGUGAGAUGGGGGAGCGAAUGGUAUGAAGGGGAGAGAGCCUCGGAACACUCGAAAGACGAUCGCUCCUCCAUGCUGAGCUCGGCAACCUCCAAGAACUCUGAGAAUGAAAGAAGCAAGGACGACGACCCCAUGACGCAGCUACAGGAUCGCAGAGCGGAUACUCUGCAAAAGAGCCAAGCCGAAAAAGUGCAAAGGAGACUCAUUCCCCUUCUGUGUACAAUGGCGAACAAUGGUGCAUACUUCUUGGCGUUGGCGCAACCGGAUGGGUUGCCGUUAUUACCUUCAAUUGAUGUGGAAAGUCUCCGACCCCAUCUGACAUUCUUAAUUUAACCAGGAUGAUGUACGGACAACAUGUCCCGAUACGGCUGAUUCCUUGCUCAUUCAUGGUGAGUCUGAUUGUGGAAUCGGGUGAUCGAUUCUAUAAGUUAUAUUUUCCGUUGCUUGAUGCUCAGAUCCCUCCCGAACUGGCGGAUUCCCUGAUGCAGGGGGGCGUGAGGUGGGUUUAGCUCGCAGACUUGUCAGUAGAGGAGUUGGACUCUAUCAAAGUUCUCCCGGGAAUUUUCGCUAGUAUCCUAAUAACAGUAAAUGAGAAACUGCAGG